GUUUCAACAUGGCGGACACGGACAGUGGAAAGACUGCUGAGGAAAGAAUACCUUUCAAUUAUUUCAAGAAAAUCCCGAAAAUCGUAAGUAUUUUAGUAGGAACAUUUCUUACCCAUAUUUACCAAAGAUCAAAGGAUAUUUUCCUCAAAGGGCGCGGUUUCUGCUAAUUUCAAUCCAUCAAUCGAUUCAUUUUAGCUCACUUCAGCGAAGAUUCAGAGGCGAACACACUUUCUUGUAGAUGAUCAGCUCUUCAGGAAAAUGAUUUUAUCAUCUAAACUCAACAUUAACCUUCACCUACUAACUAAAAUUUCUCGUCCAGGAAUAUCGUACUUUGUAUUAGCCGUGUGAAAUAAGCAUAAAUUAUGAUCACGAAACUUAUAAAGAACAUAAGAAGUAAGCUUAAAUUUCUUCUAAUUUCAGGAACUUCAUGCUCAUAUUAAUGGAUCUAUAAGCUCAGAGACGAUCAAGAAGCUCAUUCAAAGAAAGUCCACAAAGGAAAAAGGCCAGAACAAUGUAGUGUCACAAUGGGAAACAACCAUUCUGAAAGGCGACGAGAAAAAUCUCGAUGAGUGAGUCUUGACCACUAUAAUAUUUCUGGGCCUUGACCAAUAUAUUUCUCAUUACUUUAAGACAACAAACCCAACUCAUGAAUUGUUGAAAAUCAAUCAGAAGGACCCUGGGGGAUUUGUUGAAAUCCCAUUCAACCUCAUCAAAUCCACCAGGGUAAAGAUAGGGAGCAUAGGCGUACGGGCCGGGGGGCGAGGGGGGCUGCAGCCCCCCCAAAUUUUGGGCAACUCAGAUUUUUUGGGCAGCACAAGAAAAUUUGGGCAAAGCCAGUUUUUAAAGACGUCUCCAUGUUUUUAUUGUUAUUUUGAAGAGAUAAAUAUUUUCUAUUUUAACCUGAAGUCGGCGUAAUAAUCCAGUCACAUUGACACGAGACAGUGUUUGCCUAGCACGUGACGAGUUUCUGGUUAUAAGGGAAAGGUAUCAUAUGCUGAUUUUUUUUUAUGGUUGGGCACUGUACUGUAAUGGGCUAUUUCCACUCGUAAAUUUAUUAGAAUAAACUUCCGCCUAACUUUCUAGAAUCAUCUCCGCUCGUAGAACAGUGUAUAGCAGAUAGCAACAGCAAUGGGUCUUAAAGUGAAGAAGUGGCUGACUAAUUCUCAGUUUGAAUUGCGAGAAGAAUCUUGAUUUUUUUAAAAAGUCUAACGAGCGGUUUAAAAAUUAUUCAAUAAUUUGUUAAAGUAGACUGAAAUGUUUACAAAACCGCUAACAAGAGCGUCAUGAUACAUACUAAUCAAAUCCUUCUUUGUAGCAAUUGGCCGGAGCUAUCUCCAUAAUCUAUCACCCACAUUUUUAAAAAGAUUGAAACUAAUAUGAGGUGAAAUUGCAUGUCAAAAGCGCAUCGUUUUCUACAGAUAACGGCCAAACAUCAAGAUUUUCCUUUUUUACCAUAUUUCCAAUGAUAAAAACUUUAUCCCAAAAUAUCUCGAUAACGCUCUUAUAGAUUCCAUUUUAACUUUACGAACAUCGAGGCGACUAUUGGAGGAAAAAGCUCCUGUGAUCGAUUUAAGAAGAACAGUUCCCAGAGAGAAAUAUUGCUGCAAGUAUAAUAGGCAGCAAUGGCUUCAUUUUGUUGCUAUAACAACUCCGAUGUCAUUGCAACCCUGAUCACAACAAAUUUUCAUCUUUAUCUCAUACAACUGUGGUGGCAAUUUUUCCAAAUGUUUGUUUAUGGUGACGUAGUUUAUGCUCAAACUUGGCAGUUAUUGACCCUGAAAAACAAAACUGUAUGGAGCCAUUUUCAUAUGCCAGUACGGCCUAUGUUGUUGCAUCGGCCCUCGUUUCUGUUCGACUGUUUUGUAAAAAUUUGGGCAACUUGCAAAAAUUUUUUGGGCAAAUGGUUUACCGCCCCCCCCCCCUGACAAAAAAUAGCCCGUACACCUAUGAUAGGGAGGAAUUAUGACAAAUCCCCUCUCCCUGAGUGCAGCAGUUAGGCCCAUGUUUUGGUAAAUUCACAAAUGUAUGAAUUUCACAUGCAAGAAGGACAUAUGGUUUAGUAUGCUGUGAGUUUGUGACAUGCAUGUGAAGUACUACCCAGCAAUGGUCUCUUAACAGUAGAAGGGAACUCUCAAUUUUAGGUGGGUGUUUAAAGCUACAGUCAAAGCUCUUGUAAGCAACCACCUCGGAAAUUUCAAAAAAAAUGGUCGUAACUGGAGCUAGUCGCUUACGAGAAUGAGCUCUUGUAAGCAACCUCAUGGUUAAACAACUGAGUGUGGUCACUUACCAGGGCUCCAGAAACUCAUACAGAAAAUGAUAAUAAUAACUCAUGAUUCAUACAGAAAUAACAAAAGAAAUUAAUGUUAAAUCAGUGUCUUUUUAUCUGAUAAAGACACAGUUAAACUUUACGUCCAAAUUUUAAGACCAAAAUAACCCCAAGAUCUUUAUCAAUAAACCAUUAGCGCAGUGUGCAAUGUCAUUUAAGUGUUGAUUUAUAUAAAUAAGACUCUGAGUGGUCGCUUAUAAGAGCUUAAAAACAAAGCAAAAGUCUACUGCUUUGACCACUAUUUGGCCAUAUAAAACAAAUCCUAAAUUGUUCAGUCAAGAUAGCUGCAUAUUGGCCUUUUUUGUUUGUGUUUUUAUUGACCUCAACUUUUUCUCUGUCCUAAAAAUGCAAAACAGAAAAAAAUUAAUGAACUUGGCCAAUAUCCAGCCAUCUUGACUUUGUGCUUAUAUCCAGCUUAAUGGUAGUGGAAAGAAAACAAUGUAUUUGUCAUAGCCAGACGGCCAUGUGUGGAGGUUCAAUUUGUUGUAUUUUAUCAGUGACAUAUUCCUUUUUGAUGCUCACAGGUGUUUUAAGAUGUGGGACUUUAUUUACCCACUUGUGGAUGACACUGAGGCAGUGUUCCUGGUAUGAGGAAAUUAAAUAAAUUGAGGGCAUUUUGUUUUCUCUUGGAAAUGACCCCUCUACGGUUUUUUCAACUUAGGCCCGUUUCAAACGUCAUGCUACUGCCACACCGAAGUCAAUUGAUCAAAUUGAAUUCGACUUAAGCACGGCAGUAGCGCGAUGUUUGAAACCAAGUUGUGCUACUGCCAUGUAGCAAGGCAACCUACAUGGCAGUAGCUCGACUUGGUUUCAAAGGCCGUACUAGCCCCGUACCGAACUCAAUUCAUAAAUUAUAAAUACAUUAGAAUACAUUUUAAAGUUUGCUAAACCGUUUCUUUAUUUUUGUGUUUCGUUUUCGGCAACAGCUGUUCUAUUCGACUGAAUUAAAUUCGACGUCUGAAACCAAGUCGCGCUAGUGUCAUGCUGCAGUCGAGCUACAGUCGAGCCAUCUUAGCACAACAGUAGCAGGACGUUUGAAACAGGCCUUAAAUUAACUUGGACAAGUUAGGGAAAAUAGUUGCUUCUCUGUACCUGUACAUAGACCUCUCUCAAUGAUGGUUUCAAAUCCUUACUUGAACAUAAGAGAGAAUAUUUUGAAACUAACCAUUAUGUUACUUGUAGGUCAGCAUCAAUCUCUCUUAAAAAGAAAUCCAUCCUGAUGGGAAUGAGGUCUCCCUUUCUAAGUAUAAGUUGAGAAACGCCUUAGAUUUAAGCGGGGACUGCUUACAUUACUGCCUCAUGCGUGUCAUUUCGGCUUUCUUGUAGGUAACUAAAAGUGUGAUUGAAGACUUUGCACAAGAUAAUGUGAGAUAUUUAGAGCUGAGGAGUACCCCAAGAGCUAACCCAAAGACAGGUGAUCCCAUGGAAAUUAAAAAUGUUUUGUUUUACUACCAUUUAAUAAGUUUUUGGGCAUAGCAAUUAAUUUAGCAGUUGCUUUAAGUUUUAUUAUUCAAAAUUUAUUAUUUGACCACAUCUUUGUAAAUAAUUAAAUUUCAUGUUGAGGGAUUUAAAAGGUUGCAUGUUAGAUAACAAGUUGGAAUACCAAAAGGAAUGCUAAGUUUUUGUGGAUAUGUUUUUCUAAAGAAAUAUGAUUCUUAGGAACUAUGUCAUUGUGUCAAAGCUUAUGGGAGGUUGAAAGAGUUAAGGCAAAAAUAUCCUGAAGUCAGGGUAUAAUUUCUUUUUGCUUAGUUGUUAAAAUUCUAGCAGGCAAAGCAAAAUUUUAACAUAUCCUUGAUUGUAGAUUAAUACAGAACAGAUCACUCCAUGGCUUUCUAGAGCUCUUCCCAUUUCAUUUUUAUCCACAGGAAUGACAAAGGAGUCAUAUAUAGAGGCAGUCUUAGCAGCUAUAGAGGAAGCCAAAACAACAGUCCCUGACAUUACUGUGAGGUAGUUAUCUCUAAUUGUUAUACUUUUGCCAUGGUUGCCCCCACAACCACACCCUACUCUCUAAAACCCUAGCUUAAUGAUGCAAUAUUAUUGUACAAUAGUUUUGAGUCAAGUAAUGUUAUAAUGUUUGGUGCCCACAAUGUUUUUCCAGUAUGUUUUUGUUGGAUGAAAGGUUUCAUUUCCAUAGCACAUUUCUCACUUUCUUGUAGGAAGAUGUUCUAAAGCCAUAUUUUAAAAUAAUUCGUUGAUAAGUGAUAAAACUGGUAAUUCACCCUUUCCUGUUUGUCCACCCAAGAUUUAUAGCGGCUAUAAACCGCAAGUAUGGACCAGCAGAUGCCUUACAUACUGUACAACUGGCAUCAGCAAUCAAAGCAAAGGGGAAUGGAACAAUAGUAGGAAUAGACUUGAGUGGAGAUCCUAAAGUAAGUGUACUAUAGUUGACCAAGUCAUCUUAAAUUUUUUGAAUUCUGCACCUCUGUGACUUUGUUUCUGUGACCGCAAGGGUGUGCCCUCAGUGACUUUUAGCGCCCACCAUGAGCACUGCCCCAGUUUCCUAUCUAGUAGUACUUUGUGUAAUCAUGCAAGAACAGCUGUAGGCUUAGUAGAUAUUGCCAACGAACCACUAAAGUGUGAUGAAAUCAGAAAUAGAUAUUAAGUACAACUAAGAAAUGCUCAUCAUGUGAGUCGCCCGUAGCUCAGUGGUUAGAGUGUCCUAUCGGUAUUUGGAAGGUUGUGGGUUUGGAUUUUUUCUGGAGCAUUUCUUAGUUGUCCUUAUUAUCUAUUUCUAAGACAUUGUGGGCUUGAACUUAACCAUUAAAGCCCCAAUAUCCACAUACUAAUCUCCAGACUGAUAUCCAUACAUUUCCCUCAAGAAUAAUAUUAGAAGACUGAAUUUGAUAAAAUAUCAAAGCCUUUACCCUUUGAGGAUCAAUUUAUUAAAUCCCAUAACCAUUUCUCUUGAUGAGGUAUUGAUGUUGUUGAGGAGAAAAACCAUGUUGGUCACUCCUGGGAUUUUAGGGGUUAAUGGCCCUUUUCAUUGAAAGUCAUAUUUAAUUUUACCUCAGCAUUAUUCAUUCUGGCAUCACAUGAGUUUGGUCCUUGGAAAGGGGAGGGGAGGAAAGGGGCUAUUAUUUCCUCAGAAGUUAGUGUUGAAUUAUUGGUUGAGAGAUAACUAUUUUUUCUAUUCCAGGCAAACAAAUCAACCGAUUUUGUACCAGCACUAAAGCUUGCCAAAGACAAUGGUCUUAAACUUGCUUUACAUAUUGCAGAGGCAAGUAUAUUAAUAACUUAAUGGUCAGUGAUAAACAAAUGUGUUCAAGGAAAAUUGCUUAAGAGUUUGAAGCAAAACAAAAUUAAUUCCAAUGAUGAAAGAUCAUAAGAUAGAAGGGUGCUAGGCUAUACAUACUAGGUGAAGCAAAUUAGGAAGAAAAUGGGUGCUAUUAUUGGCCUUGCAUGUCAGGUCAAGAUGGCUGGAAAUUGAUCAAGUUCUUAUAAUUUACGUUGUUAUGGACCAAAACGAAGGUGAGGUCAAUAAAAAAGGGGAAAAAAAAACCAACAAGGCCAAUAUCCAGUAGCCUGCGUUGCAGCCGGCCCACGCACUCGUCUAAACCCUUUGUAUAGUCCGUCUGUGAAUUAGUGCACAAAAGCUCGUUCUAAUAUCCUGCAGAGUCGCAAGGACAUAAGUGAGCGUUUCUGAUAGGCGGGUUUCUUACGGGUUUCUUACGAGCCGCACGAUUGGCCUAAUUUUUACGUGUGCGUGACGGUUGGGCGCAGUGACAUGUCAAAAUUCACAGAAGGGAGUUGGCAAGGAUCGUUUACAGUGAACAAUGAAAGAGUAGUUCGAACUUCAGAGCCGUCUUCUGAGCAAAAAAACGCUUUAAGAUAAUUCCUUCAAGGCCAGAAUUUGCUAGUAAAUUUGCCGGCUGGUUUCCCAGCAUCUUCCAAUCGCUGCAGAUGUACAACUGCGUAUUCUGUAAUUUAGCCGACAGUUCUAGAGUCAAAACAAAUGAAGAAAUCAUCACGUUAUUCACGAUAAAAAAACUACACACAUGUAGCUAUUCAGGUCCAAGCGUUUCGUUGAAAACCAAAGAAACUAAGGUUAUUUAGCCGCAAUAAAGAAGCUUAAGGCUUAAUCAGAGGUAAAAGAAAAUCAUUUAUGCACCUGUGAUCAAAUCAUCUUAGAAAACAUUUGCCAAAAAAUAAACUACAGGAACUAAUUACUCAAUAUGUAUGAAACAGACCAGCUUCACAACCUCUAAAUGUAGCUAAAGGUGAGACUCAAAGCGGCAAAAAAAAAUUUGCUCAGUCAAAUUGUAGAAUACUCCACGCACUGUAUAAAUUACGCAAAAAGAGAGGAAGAAAAACAUCUGUUGUUCAAGCUACUCUAGGGGUCUCUAAAGUCACGUUUCACACUAUCACGAGCUCAAUCUCUCUGGUCACGAGCUAUGAGUCAUGUUUGGCCUGUCAACGCUUAAUUCAAAUCAGACUAAUCACAAACUGCGAAAGAAAGUAGCCAAUCAAUAACGCCGACAUAUUUCUUUGCGACUCUACGGGAUUCGAACACGAUAUUGUGCACUAAUUCGCAGACGCUAUAUACAGAAGGUUUAGAGCGUCUGCGACGCAGGCUAAAUAUCCAGCCGUCUUGAUCAAACACGCUAGGUCAAUACAAGAUUCAUUAUAUGGCCAAAAGAUGACUUUUUCUUGCAGGAUCAAUAUGGGAGAUCCAGAGUGGGUAAGAUGAGCCUAUACAUGUAGCAUUCUUGCUCUGGUAGCCAAUCAGAGAACAAGAUUUGCUUCAUCUUGCCGGCUUACAGAUUCAACCAUAUAUGUCAGAGGUCUUGUCAUUUUUCCAAGGCUGAGAAUUAAUAAAAUGGUAUUGUGAAAGCUGUAACUAAAUUAAUUGACUCUAAUUUUUGUCCAGAAAAGUGUACCACUCUCUGAUGGCAGUUCACAAGAUUCAAGAUAAUUGUAACCUGUGACCAGGCUUUACUUCCAUUUUCCUUAAAGUGAUUAGAGGGUAUUUAUGAAAGCUGCGAGAAUUUGGCCCAAUCUGUGAUUUUCAGUUAACAAAAUUAAAAACUGCUUUUGUUGAUUAUGUUAAGGUUCCUGACAUUAAUGAAACAAGAGUCCUGUUGAGUUUGAUUCCUGACAGGAUAGGACAUGGAACCUGCAUUCAUCCAGAAAAUGGGGGUGCAGAUGAUCUUGUAAAGAUAGUCGAGAAACACUUAAUCCCUAUCGGUAAGUAUUUUAGUACCCAUUAACCCUGGUUUCCAUACUGAUCCCUGAAUAAAGUCAAGCAGUAAGUGUGGCAAUGUCAGUGAUUGCAGCAAUUGUGUGAUCGUUCAAAACCCAGGCAAGGCAAAUCUUUACUGGUGUACGUUUUUUCUCACUUUAUUGGUAAACAAGUUUACUCACAGAAAGAAAUGCCAUAAGCACAAAUUAAGUUCAAAAGUUGAAAGAUGGUUAAGCUGUCAUGACUAAUUUGACGUGUAAUUUUCAGCUCUUUGUAGACAGACCACAUGACAAACAUGACUAGUAUUGCAUGCAUACAGUAGUCUUUGGUAUUUCGCAGAUGUUGAUAAAUCUCUGUACCGGACUCUUUAUAAUCACUCUUACCUUUAAAAUUUUGAUUGCCAACAGAAUUAUGUCUAACUUCUAAUGUAAAGACCAAGACUGUUCCAUCCUACACAGAACAUCACAUGGACUAUUGGUACAAUGGCAAAAAACACCCUUGCAUUGUUUGUGUAAGUGAUCUUUUAUGUUGUCUUCAUUCUUCCUGGUGCAUUUUGAUUGAUUGUAUAUGUUACAGAUCAAAAUUAUUCCAACCUGGUUGACCUCCAAGGCCAAAGCAAUACUCAGGGUCUCAAACACGAGUGACCAUCUCCAAUAGGAGACAUAAGAAUAGUGUCCUCAUUUAGUACUUUUGUGCUAAAUACUUGAGGGUUGUCCAAUGCACUUUACAGAUCAUACAAACCAUAAAAAACUGAGCCCUGAUGUAAUAAUGAGAUGCUUGCUUCGUAUGUACUCAGAAUACAGACUGUUAGCAAUGCUGACAGUUUGUACAGACUGUACAAUCCGUCAAUUGCUCUUAACAGUGCGGCAGUAUUGAACAUGACUGAAAUAAUUUGGCACUCAAUAUAAAGUGCAUUGACAUUUUUUUUAACACAUUACUUUACAGACUGAUGACAAGGGCGUGUUCUCCAUCACUUUGUCAGAAGAAUACUCAAUAAUGGCCAAAACAUUUAACCUAACAGAAGAAGAAGUGUGGGAUUUAACUUUAAACAGCAUAGAUUAUAUCUUUGAAAAUGACUCAGUCAAGAAUGCUCUAAAAGAGACAUGGAAGGCAGAAAAACAAAAGAUUAUGUCUGUAAACAAAUAA